AUGUCGCCCCUCCUCGCCGACCACCCCUUGCUCGGGCCACUCGUCGGCCUGAACGCCUGGACUUUUGCCAUCGAGGGCCUGCUCUACAAGCGCCGCAUCCCCGCCCUGAGCAAGUACGGCGUCACCUUCGACCCGGCCACCGUCAAGAAGCAGAAGGCCGAGAAGCUGCCCGCCUUUGUCCAGUGGCCCGCCGACAACUUCAACAACCUCCUCGAGCAGCCCACCCAGUUCUACGCCGUCCUGCUCGCCCUCAGCGUGCUCAACGUCCGGGACAAGGCCACUGUCCGCUUCGCCUGGGGCUACGUCGGCCUGAGAAUCAUCCACAGCAUCAUCCACGUCUCCACAAACAACCCGGGCAUCCGCUUCCCCGUCUGGCUCACCAGCUCCUUUGUGGUCGCCGGCCUCACAGCCAAGGCUGCUUACGAGCUGUUCUUCUAG